GAGAGGGCGGACUUGUUUUUUUCCCCCUUCCUUUUUAUUUUAAGUGCGCACAUUUAAACGCACCUCCACUAAGCCGCAUGCUGUUUGGCUUCUCAAGGCAAGGAUCGUCACCAUCCCGCCGUGGCUUGACGAGAGGAGGAGGAGGAGGAGGAGGAAAGGAGGAAGAAGCACCGCUUCCAGUCAUUGCGAUCUGAGAAUACUGGGACUGUGCAGUAGUAUCAUAGUAGUAGUAAAACAGGACAGUGAUACAGGACUGAAGGCGAGGUCAACUAUUGCGCAAUGAUGACGGGCAAAUCUGUGAAAGACGUCGACAGAUAUCAGCCGGUGCUCAACUCUUUGCUGGCGCUGGAGGAGAACAAAUUCUGUGCGGACUGCGAGUCAAAAGGUCCUCGCUGGGCGUCGUGGAAUUUGGGCAUCUUUAUCUGCAUAAGAUGUGCGGGUAUUCAUCGAAAUCUGGGGGUCCACAUCUCCAAAGUCAAAUCCGUCAACCUGGACCAGUGGACGCAGGAACAGGUCCAGUGUGUUCAGGAGAUGGGCAACGCCAAGGCCAAGCGUCUCUACGAGGCUUUUCUACCAGAAUGCUUCCAGCGGCCCGAGACGGACCAGUCUGCGGAAGCCUUCAUCAGGGACAAGUAUGACAAGAAGAAGUACAUGGACCGGGUCAUCGACAUCCAGAUGCUCAGGAAAGAAAAGAGCUGCGAGAACAUCCCCAAGGAGCCGGUUGUGUUUGAGAAAAUGAAAUUGAAAAAAGAGGGCAGCCCGAAGACAGGCUCUCAAGGUGUUACGGACUUGCUCGGAUUCGAUGCUCCAAGUCCAGCAGUGUCCAAUGGAGUCUCCAACACUACUACUGAGAGUUCUAAGCCUGCACCUUCUGCCUUGGAUGUCUUCAACACCUUCUUGGAUCCUUCCACUUCCUCCUCAAACAACACAGCUGCCUCCACCUUCUUGCCUCAGAGCAGAGUGACCGCCUCCGUGCCUGAAAACCUCAGCCUCUUCCUGGACGCGGCCCCCAAGAAGGCGGAAGGCGCUUUUAGGAAGCUGUCCAAGGACUCCAUUCUCUCCCUGUAUGGCUCCACCCCCUCAGUGCAUUUCAGCAGCAUGGCGUCCAAUCACGGCUUGUAUAUGAACCAGAUGGGAUACCCCACACACCCGUACGGCUCCUACCAUUCCUUAGCCCAGGCCGCUGGGGUGGGCGGGGCCACGGUGAUGUCACAGAUGGGAGUCCAACAGAACGGCUUGAUGGCGGGACAGCAGAACGGGGUGAUGGGACAGCAGCAGAGUGGAUUAUUGAUGCAGCAGCGGAGCGGCGAGAUGAUGGGACAUCCGGCGGCGUUACCGCAGCAACAGUUUGGAGCUCAGCAGCAGCAGUGGAAUGUUGCACAGAUGACUCCGCAUAUGUCCGCCAUGAAUCUCUGCAACACCAGCGGCGUGAUGCAGUACAGCAGCCCGCCCGCAGGAGGCGCCACCGCCCAAGGUUCCGCACAUAUGACAGCACACGUCUGGAAAUAGUCCAGGAUGCGGAGUUUGACUGUGUUGAGGUUUUUCCCCUCCAAUACAAAAUAGAAGAGACCAGAAUAAGACUAAACUACCUCUUCCUGACUCCCGGGUCUACUUCCUGACUUCCAGGUCUACUUCCUGCCUCGGCCCAGCUUCACCAACGUCAGCGCUUGCCUUCAGAACAUUCCUCCCAUGCAGCAACAGGGUCAGACACGCACAUGGAUCCUAUUAUUUCUAUUAGUGCACCUCAUUCGCCAGAGAGAUUUAUUUUGACCAUGUCCGGUGGAAUACGUUGUGGUCGUCUCCGACAUUAUUGAUCCUUCUAUUCCUUCUUGUUUGUGUUGUUGCAGGGCAAGUGAGGUCAUAGGUCACGUGAAUAUUCACGAGUUAGCCUGCACAUCAUGCUAAAAAUGUCUGGUAAAUGAGUUUAAAUUGUAUAGUAGGCUGUGUUAAAAGGCCUAUUAGACUAUAUUUCUUCUUCAAUUAGCAGCAAUAUUAUCUUUGAUACACUUUGUCAGCUCAACCCCAACGACCAAAAAUGGCCGCUUGGCAAAAAAAAAGUUUUGUUACACUUUAGCAAGUUAGAACUCAUUAAAGGCAACAAUGAAAAAAAAAUGUCCGAUACGAUACCAUUAAUAGGGCCUUGAAUAUCGUCCGAAAGCGACAUUGAUCCGAUAUCAGCACAAAUCAAACAUAAUGAAUGUUUUGAUGAAGUGAAGUGAGUCAAACAGAGAACCUAUUUCUUAUUACCCGCCUGGAAUGGACUUAUGCUGUCUUUAGGUUGAAGUUAUUGUUUUUUUCCCCCGCAACAUCUGGUGGCCACAAUACGUUAAGCCCAUGACGCAGUUAGUUGAAUGAUGCGGACACGUUUGUUACCGGAUACUUUCUAAUACACUUUUGUCAUGUGCAACUAUUAUAAUUGAUACUUCAUAAACGUUAUAGUUUGUGAAGUAUAACAGGACUGCUUGUAUCGAACAUGAGCUCACACAUAAGGAAACACGCUGCAGGACUGUUUGUAUCAGACAUGAUAUCACACUCAAGUAAAAACGGUGCAGGACUGCUGUAUCGGACAUGAUAUCACACACAAGUAAACACGCUGCAGGACUAAUUGUAUACCACAUGAUAUCACACAAGUAAACACGCUGCAGGACUGCUUGCAUUGCACAUGAUAUCACACACAAGUAAACAUGCUGCAGGACUAAUUGUAUCACACAUGAUAUCACACACAAGUAAACACGCUGCAGGAAUAAUUGUAUCACACAUGAUAUCACACACAAGUAAACACGCUGCAGGAAUAAUUGUAUCACACAUGAUAUCACACACAAGUAAACACGCUGCAGGACUGCUUGAAUCACACGUGAUAUCACACACAAGUAAACACGCUGCAGGACUGUUUGUAUUGGACAUGAUAUCACACACAAGUAAAGACUGUGCAAGACUGCUGUAUCGGACAUGAUAUCACACGAGUAAACACGCUGCAGGACUGCUUGUAUCAGACAUGAUAUCACACACAAGUAAAAACAGUGCAGGACUGCUGUAUCGGACAUGAUAUCACACAAGUAAACACGCUGCAGGACCACUUGUAUCGGACAUGAUAUUACACACAAGUAAAGAUGAUGCAGGACUGCUUGUAUCGAACACGAUGUCACACACAAGUAAAGACGGUGCAGGACUGCGUGUAUCGGACAUGAUAUCACACACAUGUAAAGACGGUGCAGGACUGCUUUUAUCGCACAUGACAUCACACACAAGUAAACACGCUGCAGGACUGCUUGUAUCGGACAUUUAAAAUGGAACCCUAUAUCAUUCGAUGCUUGUUUUUCUGCUGAUAUCGGACCGAUAUCAAUAUAGUAUCGGACACUCCUCGGUAAAAUACAUGUCAAGGCAACAACACUGACUAGCAUGUAGUAAUUAUAUAUAUAUCUAUAUAUAUAUAUAUUAAGGCUGCAGCUAACGACUAUUUUUCUAUCGAUUAGAUUAUUUUUUCGAUUAAUCGGUUGAUCUAUAGAUUAUUUUUUUCGAUUAAUCUAUAGAUUAUUUUUACUUUUACCGAUUAUUUUUUUUAUUUAAAAUGAAG